UAGUUCAGCCUGAGCCCUGGGAAGAAGCGCGCGCUGCUCUUCUGCUCUCCUCGUCCUGCAGUCCGUCUGUCGCGCGCGCGCACAGGUUGUCAAUUAUACACGGACACGAAACAGGCAAUUUCUACAUAUUCAUAUAAAAUUCCAUUAUCUAAUUAGGCAAGAAAGAAUUUUACAAAAUCAUCCAUUUUAAGAUACAGUACCUGUUUUCCAUGCUUCUGGAAGAAAUGGACAACAGUGAGACGGUUAUUUGAAGAGGCACAUUUCUGGUGAAGUAGAGUGAAUGGUGCAAAAUGUGAAUCAGGCUUUGAUGUCUGACUAUUUAAUUUGCCUAAAACAUGUUAAUUCAGUCAUCUCUGAAGAAAUGCUUCCCACUAUACUGUGUUCUCAAGGUUCCAAAUGCUGGUUUGAAAUGUGCAUCGAAGAAAGGACUGAUCCUGCAGUCUGUUUCUCAGGAUGUUUACCAGAAUUUAGCUUUAGAAGAUUGGAUCCAUGAUAAUAUGGAUUUAGAAAACAGACGAGUUCUUUUUCUGUGGAGAAAUUCUUCUACUGUAGUGAUUGGUAGACACCAGAAUCCUUGGCAGGAAUGUAAUCUUGCAUUCAUGAGACAGAAGGGUAUAAAACUAGCUCGAAGAAGAAGUGGAGGAGGAACAGUUUACCACGAUCCAGGUAAUAUCAACUUGACCUUCUUCACAAACAGGAAAAAAUAUGAAAGAAUGGAGAAUUUGAAACUGGUGGUUAAAGCUUUAAAAUCCCUGCGACCUGAGAUAGAUGUACAAGCCACCGACAGGUAUGACCUCUUGUUAAAUGGGAUUUUUAAAAUUUCAGGAACUGCUGCCAAAUUAGGAAGGACUGUUGCUUACCACCACUGCACCUUGCUAUGCGGUGUUGAUAAAUUUGUUUUGUCAGCUGUACUAAAGAGUCCUUACAGUGGGAUAAAAAGCAACGCCACCCCAAGUGUACCCGCCUUGGUGAAAAAUCUCUUUGAAGAAGAUCCUACAUUAACUUGUGAAAUGCUAAUGGAUGCCAUUGCUGAAGAAUAUGCUUCACACCAUCAAAUUAGUAACCAUAUCGUUCUGAUAAAUCCUGCUGAUGAGACAGAAUUCCCUGGAAUUCAUAUGAAGGCCAGAGAACUGAAAUCCUGGGAUUGGCUUUAUGGCAAAACACCGAAAUUCAGUACCAGCACCUCCUUUAACAUAGGACAGGAACAAUCUUGUCUUGAAGUUAAGAUAAACAUGGAAGUAAAGAGUGGCAAAAUUGAAACCUGCAGCAUUGAUGUGCCUCAAUUCUGGUUGCCAUUAGCCAUGUGUGAUGAACUAAAAGAACAUCUUAUUGGCAGCAAAUUCUGCCCAGGUGAAACCACUGCAGUGACAACUGCUUUGCUAAGAACAUGUACAGAUUGCAAAUUACACAGCAAGUGGAGUAUCUUAUGUGAGAAGAUAGUUACACUAAUGUGACCUACAUGACAAGAACUUUGAUUCUUUAUCAUCCCUGCUGUCUCAAUAUGAGCUUCCACUAACAGUGUUUCCAGGGCUUGGCUGAACAUAAGAGAUUUAGUACUGAUUCAAUAAAUUAUUUAAUAAAAGCAAAACCUGAAUAGAA